UAAUAUAUAUUAAUUAUAACAUUCAAAGUUUGGUACUUCUGCAUUAUUUAAAUUUGAGGCUAGUUCAGUCCUGCAAUCUUGCAAAGCGCACAUGGCACGAUCAUCACGUGUCUCGAACAUUACGUUUUUUCACGCAUUCUCGUUGGAGCAGCCUAGUUAACGGUAUUAAUAUUGUGUCAGUUAAAAAAACAUUGUUAGUAAAGUUGAUCUAAUAAGUUGUCAUGAUUGUGUUUAGUUGAACCUGUAUUUUAUAUUAUAUAAUAACCAGGAUUUUCUACUUACACGAAUAUUUUCCUACAGACGCUGCAAUUUUUUACAAAAAUGAAACCUCAAUUUGGAUCAUGGGACUAUGUGGUUAUUGCUAUCGUACUUGCCAUUUCUUCUGCAAUUGGUAUAUAUUACAGAUUUACAGGCGGCAAACAGAAAACGACAAAAGAAUAUUUGCUGGCAGAUAAAAAUAUGUCAGUAGGCCCUGUGGCCUUUUCCUUGAUGGCAUCUUUUAUGUCCGCAAUAACUUUACUGGGCGUAUCCAGCGAGAAUUACACGUACGGGGUGCAGUUUAUCGUUAUUAAUUUAUCGUAUGGACUUUUUACACCUGUGGCUGCUUAUCUUUAUCUACCAGUAUUUUUCAAAUUACAGGCCACUAGUGCGUAUGAGUAUUUAGAACUGAGAUUUGGAAAGACCGCAAGGUUAGCAGCUUCUCUGUCCUACACUCUUCAGAUGACCCUGUACAUGGGUAUUGUACUGUACGCACCUGCGUUGGUGCUUGAAGCGCUUACGGGUAUAUCCAAAGUUACCGCUAUAUUAUCAGUAGGAAUAGUUUGUACGUUUUAUUCGACAAUAGGAGGAAUGAAGGCAGUACUGAUAACAGACGUUUUUCAGUCGUUACUUAUGUUUGCAGCUGUAUUCAGCGUCAUAAUAUACGCUUGGGUAGACAAGGGAAGUUUAAUAGAAAUUUGGAAAAUAGCUGCUAUGGGAAAUCGAACAGAUCUUCUUAAUUUUAACCCCGAUCCCACUGUUCGACAUAGUUGGUUCUCGUUACUAAUCGGAGGAGGCAUCACUUUCUUAUCGCUCUACGGUGUCAAUCAGACGCAAGUUCAAAGGUAUUUGACUAUAAAAGAUUUGAAAAGAGCUCAACAGGCGUUGUGGUUAAACUGGCCCAUAUUAACGGCGCUGAGUUUAUGUACAUCUUUUUCGGGUUUGGCGAUUUAUUCCAGAUAUUCCGAAUGCGAUCCAGUCGUUUCCAAGCAAAUUAAUACAGCAGAUCAGUUGAUGCCUUAUUACGUGAUUGAAACUAUGGGAAAUAUACCGGGGCUGACUGGAUUAUUUGUUGCCGGAAUAUUUAGUGCUUCAUUAUCAACGAUAUCUGCAGCUCUAAACAGCUUAGCUGCCAUAGCUAUUGAAGACUAUAUUAAGCCUCUAUAUUUCCUGUCGACGAAGAGGAAAUUAUCAGAAAACUCAGCUACCGUCCAGACAAAAGUCAUUUCUUUAAUAUUCGGCGGAGUUUGUUUGGCUGUAGCUUUCCUUGCUCAAUUUUUGGGCGGCCUUCUUCAGGCUUCUUUAACCAUAUUCGGCGUCGUUGGUGGACCUUUAUUAGGAUUAUUCACAUUAGGGAUGUUUACAACUGUAGCAAAUGAACCGGGAUCUGUAACCGGCUUGGUAUGCGGAGUUGGAUUUGCUGUUUGGGUCGCUGUAGGAAGUAAACCUCCAGUUCCUCUUCCAACAAGUAUCGAAGGCUGUGAAAAACUGUUCAACGUUAUCGUUAACACCACUUCUAGUGCUGCAUCUAGUCAACCAGAAAAGUCGUAUUUAUGGAUUCACAGAGUUUCGUACCUCUAUAACGGAGUGUUUGGGAUUCUCAUCACGCUAAUUGUUGGAAUUAUCGUCAGUUACGCAAUCAAUAAGUUUUCUAAAAAACCGCAACGAACUUACGAUCCGAAUUUGUUCGUGCCGCCGUUGGCGAAGAGGUUGAGAGAAAAAUGGGGCGAUUCUAUUCAUUUGAAUUCCAUAGUAGCGGGCGUGUCGUCGGAGAAUUUAAAAAUGGAAAAAAAUGAUAACGGGUUUUCGUAAUAGUGAUAUGUUUUUUACUUAAUAUACGCUAUAUUAGAGAAAUCAUAAUUUGUGUUCCAAUUACAAACGAUAGUUACAAAAAUAGAGGUUAUAGAUAUUCAUUGACAUUUUAUAUCUAUAAUUUUCACCUAUUUUUUACGUCUUUCAAACAAUAUUAAAAAAAAAACUAAAAACGUCAAUUACAAUGACAAAAUGGUUUGUUUUUGUGUGGUUUUUGUAACGCAAAUUACGUCACAAUAAUAUAGCGUAUUAUCAGUUCCUUUUUAAUAGUUUUUAUAUUAUAUACAGGGUGACCUAAAAGAAAAAGUUCCAGAUGAUAAUUUUUGAUUUAAUAUUGACGAGACAUGAAAUGUGAGAAGUUUGAAACGAAGAAAAUUUGAAUGCGUAUGUUACAAAAUAAUGGAAAUAAUUUAUGUUUUCGAUAAUUCAGCUGCUAAAUUUGUAGAAAAUUGAAAAUAUAAGUAGGUACUUAUUAUAUUCCAUAGGACCUUUCAACAAAAAGUCCUGUUUUUUAUUAAAAUGUUGUUUAUAUGAAAUGAAAUACAAAUCUCUUUGAUUUCACCACGUUGCGAAAUUUUUAUUUUUGUUUCACACAAGGUGAAGUCAAAAGAUCCCUGCUGGCAAACAUAACCUCACAAAAAUAGGAUUUUUUUGCUGAAAGGUCUAUUUAUUUUAUAUUAAAUUUUAGAUAAUUUUUAUUUAUUUGUAUUUAAAAUGUUACUUAUUGAUUGUUGAAGGUUAAAAUUUUAUUAGCUAAGUUUUCGUGAAUUUAAGAAUGUUACACAAAUUAAUAUACCAAAAUAAAAUAUUCUAUUUACGAUUUUCAUAUGAAACAUAAACAAUAGAAAGUUUAUUUAUUUCUGAAUGAAAAUCUUUCAUUGUAAUUCGUUAUAUAUUUUUAAAUACCUUAUUUUAAUAAAAAAAAACAGCCUUUUUUUGUUAAAAUUUUCAUUCAAAUAAUUGUAAUAGUUAUUUGCGUAUCAAAGUCGUAAAGUUACUGACCGGAUCAGAAAUGUACAGUCUACGGCAAAAGCAAUAUUCGGUUAGGUAAAAAAAGUCACGAGUCUGAGCCGACUGUCUUAUCAAGUAGGUCUUAUUUUUUUACAUUUUUGUUCUUUAAAUGAGACUUAAAUGCAAGAAUAGUUUCAAAUUUUUAUUUUGUAAAGUGACUUUUUGGAUUUUGCGGUCAUAUUGUAGUACACAUUACGCUCUAUGCAAUGGUACCAAUAUCUCGAUUACCUCCGGUUUUAGAAUUUCCAAAAUAUUAGUUUUCAAUUCACUAACAAUUCAGCUUGUGACACUUUAGUCCCCUACAUAAUUCAUUUCUAGAGCAGUUUUGUUACAAAUAGCACCAUACUAUUAUCCAGUUCUGACCUACAGAUACAAAUAUUUUUUUAGACUAUCGAGGUAGAUAUGUGCCUUUGUUUUAUUGAAAUAUAGUUUAAUAAACAAAUAUUUUAAAAUGAAAAACACUUGUUAGGCAUUUAAUAAUGUUGCAAUAACAAUUUAGAUAAAUAUACAAACACAAAAUGUACCCUAGACAAUAAACAUAGGUAAAUCACGAUCACGUUUUAAUUAAGAUGUACGCAGUUAUUAUAAAAAUCAACGGUUUUUUGUUAAUUUUCUUUGUUACUUCACUGUCUAAUUCAUUACACUUUUUUUCGCAUCACUGUAGCUACAUCCUCAAUUUCAUAUUAUUGGUGGCCUAAUUAUAUAAUUCAUGAUUUUUUAAUAUGACCAUGGCUACGAAAGAUCUUCUAUUUCAGAUACAUAGUAAUAACUAAAUAAACUAGUCACAACGAAAUAGGUAACACUUAUUUAAAUUGUUAUAACUCCAAAAAGAGAGGAGAUACCUUAAAUUUUGUGUUCUUAUAGUUUAGGUAUGUGUCUUUAAGAGUGUGCAAGUUUUAAUUUUUAAACAUUAUCGUACAUUUAAUAAAGUUAAAAAUAAAGCAAAUUGAUAACAACACUUGUUUAUUAAUAUCAAAAAAUUUCUAAAUAAACAAAAACUAAUAAUGUGUAUGCCCUCCUCUGGCUCUUAAAACUUCGACACAACGUCUAGGCAUAGGUUCUAUUAGUUGACGAAUCGUUCCUUGAGGAAUAUUAUUCCAUUCCUCCUGAAGUUGUACUGCUAACACCUGUAGAUUAUUUGGCUGUUCUCGAUCCCGCAAUCUUCCCAUGAUGCUCCAAAGAUGUUCAAUAGGGUUUAAGUCAGGACUGUUGGCUGGCCACUUCAUUACAGUAAGAUUUUCCUCUUCAAUAAAGUUUUGAACAAUUCUUGCAGUGUGAGGCCUUGCAUUUUCUUGUUGUAAAACAAAAUUAGGGCCUUCUAGAUGAGCCAGUAGAACGACAGUAGGUGCUAAUAUCUCAUCGUUAUAACGCCUAGCUGUUAGAGUGCCAUUUUCAAAAAUAUGUAAGCGUGUACGCCCGUUCAAUUGAAUACCUCCCCAAACCAUUACAGAACCACCGCCAAAAGCUCUUACUUCUCUUACAUUGCAAUCCAAAAAUCGUUCACCACGGCGUCUUAGACUCUCACGUCCAUCGUUGGAGUAAAGGCAAAAU